GCGAGCAGCGAGUCGCGAGAGUUUGGCCUCCACUAGACGCUGGUGUAAUGGACGCCGCGGAGAGGCAGGAAUGGGGACUUCAGCUCGGCGCCGACGGCAAACGGCGAGGAAAUCGAUGUUAUAUUUGACAAACAGAUAAAACAUGGUCGCCGUAGAUCCGUCUUGCUUUGAGUAAAGGUUAUUUUAAACCGUCACGCGAGUUUGUUUGCGUACGUUUUAUAAGCUGGAUUGUCGAGAUAAGCGGGCGAGCUAACGGUUAGCUUAGCUAGGUUUGCUAACCGCAGGCCUCUUUUGGGGUUUUUGUGACUUGUCAGUUUCACAACCCCGACACCCCCCUCCCCCUCCCCCUCCUCCUCCUCCGCGUGACGUUUUAGAUUAGCCUUUUUCACUUUUUAGGCUUAUUUUCGACGGAGUGGCCGGUCCGCAUGCCCUGGGAACGAGUUGAGGAGGAGCACAGCGUCUUUAAAAGUGAAAAGAGUUGUGGGAUCACUGGCCUGCUGAUGGACACAUAGGAACUGCUGUGUUCGUAUUGUUUCCAGCCACUCGCAAUGAAGAGCGAGGUCCAGACCGAUGCACGCCGCAAACAGGACCCGCUGAAAGGGCCUCUGGUUAAUCCUGAGCCCAUGGAGACGGCUAAAAGUUUCCCAUCCGAGGUGGAUGUGAUUGGCAAGGCUGGAGGAGAUUUCACAACGCUUUGUGGCGAGACAAGGCAUCGACCCCUGAGAGACGCUGGGGGGCGCAGAGACUCUGAAAGGAGCAGGAAGAAGAGAAAAAGCCAGCAGCCUGGACCCUCGGACUGCUCUCUAAAGGAAGGCAGACUGAGCGCUGCAGCGAUUCCUCCGCCCCGUCUGGAGACGCGCAGCGAGGACGAACGUAAUGCAGAAUCCUCGUUUAGUGACUGUGCGUCCUCGCCCUCAUCCAGCCUGCGUUUUGGCGAUUCGGACACUUUGAGCUCGGAGGACGAUGGUCGACAACAGCAGCACAUUAAAGCCUCAUCAGCAAGUGCAGGAGGAGGAACAGGGGCGACACGCACCCUCCUCAGUCGAACUCGUGCCAGCCGAUCACACAAAUGGGCACGACUUGAAAAUCCAGAAGCUAAUCAUGUGAAACGACCAUGUCUGAGCUCGCGGAGGCAACUUAACAGGAAGAGAUUUGCAAAGGGUGGGAAUGGAGGUGGAGCUCAGCGCACUCCAAAGCAGAAGGAGCGUCUGCUGCUACAGAGGAAGAAAAGAGAGGUGAUCGCGCGCAGGAAGUAUGAACUCUUGCAUAGCAGCAGUAGCUCUAGUGAGGAGCUGACCUCCGACUCCUCCUCAUCCUCUUCCACUGAGGGGGAUGAUGAGCUGUAUGUGGGUGUGAGCACCAGCGCUGGUAGUCAAAUGAACAGCACCACUGUGGCCUCAGCUGCACUGGAUGAAGAUGUGGUGGUGAUCGAAGCUACUCCUGCUCCUCCGGUUCCAGCUAGCGAAGAGAUCAACGUCACUUCCACCGACAGUGAGGUAGAAAUUGUAGGAGAUGCCUACAGGCCGCGGUCAGUAGGGGGUCAUGGCCGAAUGCACUGGGGGCCGAGUUGCUCUCAGAGUCGUGCUCAGGAGGGCCGAGGACGCCAUCGUCUCUCCACAGUCAUCCAGCCCCUCAGACAGAGUGCCAGCGAGGUAGUGGACCUCACCGUGGACGAAGACGAUCUUUCAGUCGUGCCAACCACUUCUGACAGUGUGCGCGUGCAGCCUGCCAGCUCCUCCGCCUCCUCUGCUUCCUCCCUCCUUGCCUCUACCUCAGAGCCUUCCCAGGAUGCCCCAGGCCCCUCCACUAGCUGCCCUGCUGUGGCCCCUGACAGUACGAUGGAGGUCCACAGUGUGGCCCCAGGGCCCAGCAACACCACCACUCCUACAGAAGAAGACAAUAGAAGAGGUUCAUCUGGUGAGAGUGGUGGCGUUGCAAUGCCCAGGUUGCCGUCAUGCUGCCCUCAGCACUCUCCCUGCAGUGGCCCUUCCUCAGGGCAUCUCUCCCUGAAUCACUCGCACUCAGGGUGCAUGCAGGCUGGGCAGGCACAGCAGCAUGGCCCCCCACAACCUGGAUCUCAGCAUUCACACGGCCACUCGCAUCACUUCCACCAUCACCACCAUCACCAUGCAGGCACUGCGCCCUCUUCUUUGCCUUUCCCUGAGCCCAGCUGCCCCCUGGAGAGGCCCGGUGCCAUGCCUGUACCCUGUGCAGGGGUCAGCACCAGCGCCCAGUACCAUGACCAGCAGACCCUCCCAGUGGAUCUAAGUAGCAGUGCUGUACGUAGCAGUGGCUCCAGCAGUAGCAGUUUCAGCAGCACCUCUGCCUUUGACCCAUGCUGUCCAGGCAAUACCUCUCGGCCUCCUGCUUUUGUUUCCCAGGCCACUCCAGGGCCAAGCCAGCCUAGUGUGGUGGAUACUUUCAGCCCGGCCAUGGUGGCACAACCACAGCCCCAGUCUCAGCUUUCAUCCUGCAGGCACUACAUGCAUCCCUCCUAUGGUUCUCUGGCACGUUCUUUACACCAUCAGUCCUCCUCAUCAUGUCCCCACUCUCACAGUAACCCUCCUCCCCCUCCUCAGCCACCUCCUCAAAGUGACUACGUCAUUCCCCACCCCGUGAUCCCCUACCAUACCCCAUUACCCUCUCAUGGCCCGGGUCACACUGUGCCUACUGCCCCUGCUCCCUCUCUCCCUGCCCACCACCUCCCAGGCUCUGCUGCACCCCUGCCACAGCACCUGGCCCCUGAGCACCAGGCGCUGCAGCACCACCUGCCUGUGUUGGGCCCCAACGCUGUGCAGCGGCUCCACCAGCACGACAUUCUGCAGAGGAUGGAGGUUCAAAGAAGGAGAAUGAUGCAGCACCCCACUCGAGCACAUGAAAGACCUCCCCCUCACCCUCACAGAAUGCACCCCAACUACGGUCAUGGACACCAUAUCCAUGUCCCCCAGACUAUGUCUUCACACCCACGCCAAACUGACCAGAGAACCACAUGGGAGCUGGGCAUCGAGGCUGGUGUGACUGUAGCUCCAUAUCCUUCAGGGCAUUUGCAUCCUCAUCUGCCCCACUACCAUCCCCCACCUAGACUGCACCACUUCCCCAUCCCACUGAUGCACCCUGGCAUGUCUGAGGUAACCUAUCCUCACAUUCGCUACAUCUCAUCUAGAAUGACAUUUGGCCGAACCUACGAGGAUCUGCUGCAUUUAGAGGAGCGGCUGGGGACUGUGAACCGAGGAGCCUCUCAGGGAACUAUAGAGAGGUGCACUUAUCCGCACAAAUACAAGAAGGUGAGCCAACACACAUCGGGUCUGCGAUGGAAAAAGCAUAUGAGAAAGCUGCAUGGUAAGCAGGAUGAGGAGGAGGGCGCAGAGGAAGACACAGAGGAGAAAUGCACCAUCUGUCUGUCUAUACUGGAGGAAGGAGAGGACGUCAGGCGCCUCCCCUGUAUGCACCUCUUCCAUCAGCUGUGCGUGGAUCAGUGGCUCCUCACUAACAAAAAGUGCCCCAUCUGUAGAGUGGACAUAGAGGCGCAGUUAUCCUCUGAAAGUUGAUGCUGUUUUUCUAGUGACUUUUUUUUUUUUUUUGUCGUUGUACUGUUUUCUGUUUUGUUUUAUUUUCUUUCUUUUUUUCUCCAGUAACACAUUCAACCAAAGAUGGCAUGAAAUUACCUGUGCAGAGCCAAUACCGAAAAACAACAAAACAAAACAAAAAAAAAUAGAAAAAAAUUGACUGCCAGCUAUCAUAGUACCAAUAAUGCUAGAAAUGACAUUUUCAUUAAGGGUUUCAAAUUUUAUUGUAUUUAUAAAGCUUUUAUGUAGCUUUUAAUUGUUUCACAAGUGUCAUAGUUUUUUUGUUUUUGUUUUUAUUUUUAUUUUAUUUGCAUGGAUCCUUGCAAUGCAUUUCUUUGCACAUAUAAAUGAUAACAGGCCUGUCAGGCUUUACAGACUUGCAGGCAAGAAGAGCUGCUCUGGUAAAGAAGCAUUUUUAUAUACCUAAUGCCUUGCUUUACUGGAAUAGAAAAUCAACCUCCAUUAUAAAACAUUGCAGGACUCAUUUUAUCGAUCAGUAUAUUGAUUAGGUUCAUGUUUUAGAAAGUGUGGUCUGCAAAUGAUUUUUUUUUUUGUUUUUUUUUGUUUUUUGUUUUUUUAAGUGAAUCAACACACAUUCCUUAAUUAGGAAGUGAGAUCAUGUUUGAGAUGGGCUCUUGUUAUCAGUGUUCACCUUCCCACAGCGUUCAUCAUCACUCUUCUCACCUCCGGGGAUCAGCGUACAUUUGUGUCCCGAUGGAUCCCACUGUGCACCUCAACCUCGCCAUCGAGGGGGGGGGGAAACCUGAAUGUCGCCCGUUAUCUGUUGUAUCCAUUUUUAAUAUCAUUACAAUCAGAGCUGUGUUAGGCCACAUGCUCGCUUGAUGAACUGUCACUGCUUGGUUCAGUGGGGAUCUCUGGCACAAACACACUCACCACACAGCCUGGAGGAAUUAUAGAACUGAGUAUUGAUUUCUUCAUGCUUUCCUGGAUAUAUAUAUAUAUAUAUUUUUUUUUUUUAUUCCCAUUGUCUCUCGUCUCUUCACAUCUUGAAACAAAGUGACUCUUACAGGCUGAUUACUCUGUUCAGAUUAACACAAACUCUCAGAUUAACACACUCUUAUGAACGCAUUCUUAUUUCUCUCUCUAGAGCUGUGCAGCAAACUGUUGUUUUAUGAUUUAUCUCUGUUUUCUUUUUGCUGCUGUGAAAGCCUAACACUAAUAUUAUUCUUAACUAGCUAACUUGCAUAUACUUGCACAUGAGAGACAAAAAAAAAAAAACAGGAGUGCAUUGAAAAAGAAGUGUGCUGAGGCCAUGGAUUUCCUCUGUUUGCUGAGUUUUAGGAGGAAAGAAACUGUAAUUUUGAAUGGAGUGUGGGAAUACAGUACUUAAUGGCAGGUAUCCAUGCAUUCAUAGACUUAAUGAUCCCAGGGUCGAUGCACCUUGGGAUUUACGUUAGUUUUAAAAUAAUAAUAUUAAUAAAGUUAGGUAACUCUU